AUGGAUCGUCGAGUCAGACGAUGCCAUCAGGCCCGUCACAUCGAGGGUGACGAGAUGCAAGUCACCUUUGCCCUGUCAAAUUUGAUGGGACGAGCAAAGACUUGGGCCUUAGGGCUCAAGCUUCACGACCCAAACGUGUUUGAGUCGUCGGAGAUCUUGAAGUCUCGGCUUGAAGAGACGUUUGAGCCGCAGAGAGCCGAGUUCAAGGCACGCUCUGCCCUCUAG